GUUGCACACUCCGGGGCAGAAGGUAAUGCACCUUAUUACGCUGGUUUGCCAGCCGCCGUUAAAAGCCAAGAAGAAGAAGAGGAGGAUUACUCGCGCAUGCGCAGACACGUACUUCCCUGCUGUGUCUUGUGAAACUACUAACUUACUAGUUAUGUUUCAAACUCUGAGUGUUUUCACAAGGCACGUCGGCACCACAAAAGUGAAUCCACUCUGGGUUUUCACGCGAAACAUGGGCAGUUUAACCAGAGAAAACCGCUCCAUCCAUUCAAACAACAUCCAGGACGUUCAUAACAUCCCAAUGGAUGUGAUUAUACGACCCAUCCCGCCUGUUCUAGACGAACAGAAAGUCCAAAGCCUCAUGACCAGCAUACAGGAGGACGCAUGUAUUUCAGUUGUGCCUCCCAUAGACGUGCUUUGGAUCACAGGAGAAAAGGGAGGCAAUUAUUAUUAUUCUUUUGGAGGAUGUCAUCGAUUUGCUGCCUAUCAUAGGUUAAAAAUGAAAUCCAUACCAGCCAAGAUCAUCAAAUCUAAUAUAUCAGACUUACGCACCUACCUGGGAGCAUCUACGCCAAAACUACUGUGA